ACUGUGAUGCGUCCUCUACUAUACUCUGCUUCACAGAAUUGCCUACACAAAGCUCAGUGCAGUACUGAUGAAGGUUUCUGGUACUCGAUCACAUUCUGAAAAAGUCUUUCCCUUCCAGCAGUCAGCCAAGUCUGUUGAGUUCCUUCCAACCAGACACCGAGAUGAGUCAGCGGACCGAGCGCCGUGGGAUCCACGUGGACCAGUCAGAGCUGCUCUGCAACAAGGGCUGCGGCUACUAUGGCAACGCGGCUUGGCAGGGCCUGUGCUCUAAAUGCUGGCGGGAAGAGUACCAGAGGGCUCGUCAGAAGCAGAUCCAGGAGGACUGGGCCCUGGCUGAGAAACUUCAGAGGGAGGAGGAGGCUGCCUAUGCCAGUAUACAGGGUGCCCAGUCUCAGCCCCAGGCUCAACCACAGGCUUCUCUGGGAACAUUUUCUAAGUUUGAGGAAAAGAAGACCAAUGAGAAGACACGCAAAGUGACGACUGUGAAGAAGUUCUUCAGUCCCUCAUCACGUACAGCCUCCAAGAAAGCCCCUACUGAGGGAGAGGAAAAGGGGACAGGCCUCAGAGACUGGAGAGGAAUGUUUACUUCCCCUUGGGAAAUGGGCUCCCCCACUGAAGUACUGGUGGCCAGACUCAGAGACAACCAGGAAGGCAAGACCCCCAGCCCCUCUAUUAGUCGCCAGUCCAGCAUCGAGACGGAUCGCGCCUCCAGAGAUUUUGUGGACUUCCUGAAGACCAUGCAGAAGCCUGGCCGUGAGGUCCACAAGCACAGCCGAACCUUCAUCGAGAGCAUGGCUAACAAAAAGGACUUAGGUGCUGAUGAGCUGUCUGAGUAUGUCCAGGACUUCUACCAGAACAUGUCCGAACGCCUAAUGACCCAUUUUAAAGUCUCUUCAGAGAAUGUGGAGAGAGUGAUGGACGAAGUGGAGAAAUACAUAAUGACUCGCCUUUAUAAGAGUGUUUUCUGUCCUGAGACCUCAGACGAUGAGAAAAAAGAUCUGGCCACUCAGAAAAGGAUACGGGCAUUGCACUGGGUGGACAUUCAGAUGCUCUGUGUGCCAGUGGAUGAGGAGAUCCCCGAGGUGUCAGAGAAUGUGGUCAAAGCAAUAACAGACGUCAUUGAGAUGGACUCCAAGCGGGUCCCCAGGGAUAAGCUAGCAUGCAUCACACGCUGCAGCAAGCACAUCUUCAGCGCCAUCAAGAUCACCAAGAGUGAGCCAGCCUCGGCAGAUGACUUCCUGCCCACCCUGAUCUACAUUGUCCUGAAGGCCAAUCCUCCACGCCUGCAGUCCAACAUCCAGUACAUCACCCGCUUCUGCAACCCCAGCAGGCUUAUGACCGGGGAGGAUGGAUACUACUUCACCAACCUGUGCUGUGCAGUUGCCUUCAUAGAGAAACUGGACGCCCAGUCCCUGAACUUGGACCCUGAGGACUUUGAGCGCUACAUGUCGGGCCAGGCCUCUCCUCGCAGGCCUGAGACGGACAGCAGCUGGCCUCAGGUGGACCCUGGCCCUGUUGUCUCCAGCCCAGCCCUGGCCAAGGUCUACCAGAACCUGGAGCUCUUGUCGGGACUGGGAGGCCGACAGGACAGGGUUCUGGCGGCAGCGCAGAGCCUUCAGAGCGACUUGAUGACCUGGCAGGAGAGUGUGGGGCAAGAGGUCCAGGAGAUUAUGGAGAAGUACCCGCUGGAGAUCCGUCCUCCUGCCCCUUCUGCCAUUGACUCCGACGUGGAAAACGACCUUCUGCCACCGCCCCUGACGCCCCAGGUGUUUGCUGGGUAAUGUGUCCCCAGAAUGGGAGGCGACAUAGGGCUUCUUCAACUAAUGACCCUACCUCUCAGUAAUGGUUUGAGCUGUCAUUGGCUUUUCAUUAUGGCAAGUUUCAGGAAGUGGCAGUCUCCUCCUGUUUUCACUCUUAACAUUUUAAACAUUGUUUCAACAAGUUGGAUUUGGUCCAUUCUGGCCCCUUGACUCUUGACUCAUUUAUGAAUCUUACUAUCUCAGUCUGGUGAAGUCAAGUAUUAAUACAUCCAGAGAUGGGCAAAGAUACACCAAAUGUAUUUUAAAAUAAGAUACUAAAUACUUAAAUUUUAAGUGUAUCAAAAUAAACUACAAAAUACAGCAGCCACACAAUGUAUCAAAAUAAAAUACUGUAUUUUAAAAAUACUAAACUUUUACAAGGGAGCAUUAAAUCCCUUUGCAAACCUUCCAUUUAUCAGUCUAUUUAAUAUAUCCCUUCACCAGUACACUGACUCAGUUUAUUCCAUCUAUCAGUCUAUUUGAUCCAUCCCUUCACCAGUACACUGACUCAGUUGAUUCCAU